AAUACGUGCCUGUCUGCAAAGAGCAUAAGUAUGCUAUUGCUUGCUGACGAUCUUUACCUGAAAGAGCUGUGUCGGAUCUGCAAUGGCAAAGAGGAAGAGUGAAUGCUGCAUUGAGCCUUCACAGUGCAGGGAGGAUGGAUGUACAACUCCUGUCAAGAAAAAGCUUAAAGUCGAGAGCAGAAAGCGGAGGCCGGGAAUCACCCAGGAAAUUUACAACGAAACAUCCUAUUAUGUCAAAAAUGGUUUGAGGUGUGUGAAGCCAUACUACUUCACUUUCAGUACCCAUGCUAAAGGGAGGUGGGUGGGAUCAAAGGUCAUUGACGUUUUCUGUAGAGAGUUCCAGUCAGAGACUCCUGAGUACUAUGAGAAAGCUGUUAAAGCUGGUAAAGUAACUGUCAAUGGUGUUGUUGCUACCAUGGAGACAGUUGUCAAGGAAAACGAACUGGUUACCCACAGGGUCCAUCGGCAUGAGCCCCCAGUUAUAGCCACACCCCUAAAUAUAGUGCACAAGGACGAGGAUCUCAUUGUGCUCGACAAACCAGCCUCUAUUCCCGUUCAUCCGUGUGGCAGGUACAGACACAACUCUCUGGUGUUUCUCCUGGCUAAGGAGCAUAAGCUGCUCAACCUGCACACGGUGCAUCGACUGGACCGGCUGACGUCUGGUCUGCUCAUGUUUGCACGCUCGGUGAACAAGGCCCAGCAGAUGGAGACACAGAUAAGAGAGAGGAGAGUUUCAAAGGUCUACCUUUGCAGAGUUCAGGGGGAAUUCCCAAGUGAGCCCGUGGUGUGCAGUGAGCCCAUUCUGGUGGUGACACACAAGGUGGGAGUGUGUAAGGUGGACCCUCAAGGAAAGGAUUGCUACACCACAUUCACAAGACUCUCAUUCAAUGGCAAGACCACUGUUGUCCAAUGCGAGCCCAAGACUGGACGUAUGCAUCAGAUCAGGGUCCACCUGCAGUGGCUGGGACAUCCCAUAGUCAAUGACCCCAUCUACAACCAUCCUGCCUGGAGGCAAACCCCCGACUCGUUGGGUACAGGAAACCAGACGAAUAUUGAGCGUAUCAUCAGUGAGAUUGUUCGCACCAACUAUAGCUCAGACGCUCCAGAGAGAGCAACCCAAACUGAGAUGUCAUCAGCUGAAGAUACAGUUGAAUCUGCAAGCCACAGUAUUCAGAAAUAUACAGUCUCUGUGACAGAUCUUGAAAUCUCUCGUGAUGGACAAAUUGCAAGAUUAACACACAAUGAACAGGGCACAGCCACUGGAGAAUCAUUGAGCUCUGCUAGAGAUGCCGAGGACUCCACAAAGGAAAGUGUUGCAAUCGAUGGUGGUAGAGAUAAUGCAGCAACUAAAGAACAUACUGAUACCGAGGCUGUCAUGGCCACAACGUCAAUGUGUGCUGCUGUUGAUAUUAGUGUAGAUGCAGACUGCAGUGAGUGUCACAUGUUUAGGCCAGACCCCUCUCCCUCGGAUCUUAUCAUGUACCUUCAUGCCCUCUCGUACAAGGGAGAGGGUUGGGAGUUCUCCACUCCCACACCAGAUUGGGCACACCCGGACUGGACCGAGGACAUAGCACUGACAUGAUGCUACAAUUAUAGCAGGGCAUUUAAUUCUAUUUAAUACGUCUCUAUGCUCAAUUUCCUCUUGUUUGUAUCCAUGGAUAUUUUGGUACUCGUAAAAGUAAUGGUCAAGUUGACAAUUAAGUUUCUGUACAAUAAUAUAUCGGUA